AUGACAGGAUCGCUACUUGCACUUGGAGUGCUCAAUGUGUCCUCAACAGGUUGUUGCUGCGGAGUUUGGACUGAAAACUUUUGGUUCGACAAGAAGGAGAGAGAACUCUUUAUUCGCGACUUACCCAUUGACUUUGUCAAUGGAAAGGCCGAGGGUCUAAGGACUGAUGCAUUCCGAAGAAGGCUCCAAAAUGCGGAGUGUCCGUUCGGAUUGGUGCUGCCAAUGGAUGUCACUUGGCCUCGUGUGCCAGAAGAUGUUGCAAUGCUAGUGGAACCACUGACGUUUCUGAAAUUCUUGGCGGUGGUCUACGGCUAUUUGCCGCUUCUGCCUGUUCUGGGCUUUGAUACAUUUCUUUAA